AUGUCACAAUCAGACCACAGCAGCAGCGACAGCAUCAGCGCCUCCGACUUCAUCACCGUCGGCAACCCAACCGAUCCAACCGAUCGACAAAACCUCCCCAAUGAGAACUCCGGCAGCAGCAGCAGCAGGCUCGAUGCCUUCGAAAACGACGACGACGACGACCCCGACUAUUCCCUCCCCGAAGGAUCAACGGAAUCCUCCUAUUACUCCCUCCUCAUGAACUACCCCUCCUCCUCCUCCGCUGAACCAGACUACUACGCCCUCCUCGGCCUCCCACGGACCCCGGCCCCCUCGGACUCGGAAAUCCGGUCCGCCUUCCGCCAACGCACCCUCAUCUUCCAUCCGGACCAUCAGCCCGCGCGGCUCCAGGCGCAGGCAGCGCGGUACUUUGAUGCGCUGCGCGUCGCGUCCGAGACGUUGCUGGAUGAGCGGAAACGCGAGGUUUAUGAUUUGUUGGGCGCGGAGGGCGUGAGGCGCGAGUGGGGGGUUCAUGGCGCGAUGGGGAAGAGGGGGGAGGCGUGGAGGGAGGAGCAGAAGAAGGGGGGACAGGGGCCGGGGCAGGAGAUUGGGGUGAGGGCGAUGAGUGGGAGGGAGUUUCGGAGAUGGUUUUUGGAGAUGAUGAAGAGGAGGGAGAGGAGGGUUGUGGAGAGGUUGGUUGCGAGUCGGGGCUCGUUGACUCUAGGUGUUGAUGCCUCGUCGAUGAUCGCUCUCGACGAGGAAGAAGAGAUCGCUUAUUUCGUCUUGGAAAAGCCGCGCCUGUCGAACUUCAGUCUGAAGUACUCGUUCAAGGCACCGUUUCCGUCGCUGCGCGUUUUGCUCGGAGACCAGCAGAAAGACGAUGACGAUGACGAUGACGAUGACGAUGACGAGAAUGACCUUUCGGAUGCGAAGCCAGACCGCCAGUUGCCGUGGGAGCAGGAGGGUUUCGAUAUGACUAUCCAUACGGGCAUUGCGGGUCAACUCCAGCCCGUCUCCCGCAAGUAUACCCUCACCAUGGAGGACGACUCGCAGGAGGAUCACGAGAUCGCUGAGCCGCCGAUUCUCGCUGCGCGGGACUUGACCCUGGGCGCGAGUGUCACUCGCGUCUUUGGGGACUUCGCCGACGCCAAGGGCAUUCUUGGCUGGCGACCCUUCUCGUGCCUCAGUUAUGCGGGCGCCUCGGUGACCGCGAUGUUGUUGCCCUUUCCCUCGGUCGAAACGAGACUGGCCAAGGCUGUGCAGUUUGUUCCAGGCACGAAGCCGUUCCGGGUCAACUUGAGUGCCACGUUGUUGCACUCGCUCUUCCGAUGUCCCCCCGUCAUGGGAGUGCAGGUGGUCCGGGAGAUUGGCGAGGGGAAGCACACCUUCUGUAACUGGUCGAGUGGCAUCAUUCCCUGGCCGGAGGUGCUCAAGGUGCUGCUGUCCCCGCUCGGUAAUUUCGACAUGGACGUGCACACGGCACUCUACCCUGGCAACCCGGAAAGUCGGUUCGAGUUCGGCUUCAUGAGUCUGCCAAACUCGCCGCUGAACGCCGCCACUCUGGACGACGACGUGGAUGACGCCGACGAGGCGGAAGACGAGGAGUAUACGACGGUGCGCAAGAAGCAGACGGCCGAGGACAAGGCCGCCGAGUCGUGGCAGGCCGCCAUCUCAGCCAGCCCGCUCACCAUGGGUUUGACAUUCAACUACGCGCGUAAUCUGUUUUCCGGGAAACCGGCGACGGAAGUCGCGCGGUCGGAAUGGAGCUCCGAGAACCACUAUGCCGUGCCGGUAGCGGACGAGCCGCGCGCCAUUCGUCUGGAGAUCCAGAGCACCGUCGGCCCCGACCUCUCCGUUGGCUGGAACAUCGAGGGGACGCGCCAGGUCGGGGAGAUGACCCGGAUGGGACUGGGUGUCGGGUUGCAAGGCAAUCGCGGUCUGGCCCUAACGGUCUCAUGGGGUCGACUGGGCCAGCGCAUCCGGGUCCCCAUCACGCUUCUCCCGCUGGAGGCAGCCGACAUCGACAUCGCGGCGAUGAUGGUGCUGGUGCCGUUCGCGUCGUACUGCGCUUGGGAAUUCGGGUUCAUCCGCCCGCGAGACCGCAAGAACCGUCGACGAGUGAUCGCGCGGCGGCAGAAGCAGCUGAAGAAGUCGAUUCCGAAGAAGAGGGCCGAGAGUGCACAGGCCAUCGAACUGAUGACCGAGCAGGUGCGUCGGCGACAGGCCCGGGAGGCGGACCAGAACGGUCUGGUCAUCACCAAGGCAGAGUAUGGUCUUGAUCCUUCUUCGAAGAAGGAUCGUAAAGGUAGGGACCGGUUCGGUGGCUACGAGGUUGUCGACGUCACCAUCCCGGUGGCUGCGUUGGUUGAUCGCGGUCAGCUGGUGAUUCCUAAGGACACGACCAAGUUCCAAAUUCUCGGGUUCCAUGAUCCCGCACCGCUUUUGCCCAAGACGUUGAAGGUCUGGUAUACAUAUCUUGGCAAGGAGCAUUAUGUGGAGGCAAAGGAUGCUGAAGGCAUUGCCUGUCCUAUGAGGACGCAUUUACUUUGA